AUGUCCGAAGCGAGUGCAAUGUUAAACAUUGGCGAGAGGGUCAUUGUGGAUGACACUAUUGAAUCUAUAGAGGUUCAUCCAUACCUCCCGUACAAUAAUUCGUUCGAAACCAAUGACGAGGUGAGAAUUGCCAUCAAUAGACAGGAUAUUAUUGUAUACCCACAUGAAAGCUACUUGCUGAUUGAGGGCAAAUUCGAAAAAGACAUGCAAAUCAUCAACAAUGCAAUGGCGUUUUUAUUUCAAGAUGUGCGUUACGAGUUGAACGGUGUGGAAAUUGAUAGAACUAAAAACUGCGGUAUCACUACUACAAUGAAGGGUCUAGUUUCGUACGGGACAGACAUGGAACAUUCUUUGGAAAGCUCUUCUUGGAACAUUGGCAAGCAUAAAGUGAUUGUGGAUAAAAAGAACGACUUCAGCUACACCGUACCCCUGUCUCACCUAUUGGGAUUUGCUGAGGAUUAUAAAAAGGUUAUUGUCAACGCUAAGCACGAAUUGAUAUUGAACAGGGCAAGCACCAAUGAACACUGCGCAACUGUAGCGGCGGACUCUACACCGAUUGACGUCACGAUUACGCGCAUAGUUUGGCGUAUGCCGGUUGUGAAGGUAUCGGAUAGAGAGAAAUUGCGCUUAAUGCAAUAUGUUGAAAACGACAUACCCAUACCCAUAGCUUUUCGCACCUGGGAACUGUAUGAGUACCCCUCACUACCCGCCGGCGUCGAUGAACAUGUGUGGUCGAUUAAGACGAGCACCAUGCUAGAGAAGCCGCGCUAUGUCAUUAUAGGCUUGCAGCAAGAACGUAAGACCGACAAAAAGAAGGCAUCGUGUAAAUUCGACCAUGUCAAUCUGCAAAAUUGUAGUGUAUAUCUAAACUCGCAAUGCUAUCCGUAUGACUCAUUCAACACAGACUUUUCCAAGGAUUUUAUGGCUCUGCAAUACAAUGCGUAUGCUAAUUUCCAACGCUCGUAUUAUGGAAAACCAGUACCUACGCCAUUGAUGAGUAUAAAUGAUUACAAGGUUCAUGGAGCUCUCGUUGUCAUAGAUACGUCACGACAGCCUGACACCUUCAACUCUGGCAUUGUGGACAUACGUGUGGUAAUGAAAUUUACAAAAGAUACCCCCACCAACGUGGCAGCCUACUGUCUCAUCCUCCACGACUCCAUGUUUGAGUAUAGCCCUCUCACUGGAAAAGUGAGAAAGAACAAUUAA